UAUAGCGUUAUAUUUUGUUAAGAAUAAUUUCGAUAUUAAUAGUCAUCAAUUUAAAUACAUACAAAUAUGUCAUAUAAUCCAUUAGAAUUAAACAUACGACAAGUUAAAGAAGAAGAAUAUGACUUUUUAAGUGAAAGAAUUUUCUUAUAAUGUAAAUGAAACAAAUAUGGAGCAAAACGUAGUUAAGGAAGAAAUCGAUAUCCACGAUGAUUUUGUUUGUAAUAUGAACGUUAAACAAGAAUUAAUAGACGAAGUGCCUGCUUUUCAAAAUGUAAUUGAUGGUAGUAAACAUCACAUUAAACGGGAAAUAAAUUAUGACCUGAAUCCAGUUCAAGUACUAGAAGAACCUAUGAUUGCAGAUGUAACAAAGGAAGACACCUUUCAUGAGGUUAAAAUAGAGCACGAUAACAUCGAAAACGAACAUUUACGCACAGGAGAAAAAUCGUUCAAAUGUGAUAUUUGUUUGAAAUCGUUUUCGAGUAGGAGUGGUUUCAGAAGACAUUCACUCACUCAUACUGGAAAAAAACCAAUCAAAUGUGAUAUUUGUUCCGUAUCGUUUUUAUGGAUGAGUGAAUUAAAAAGACAUUUACUCAUUCAUGGGCGAGAAAAACUAUUUAAAUGCCACUUAUGUGGGAAAUCGCUUAGUCAGAAAGGGGACUUCAAGAGACAUUUACAUGGACACACGGGAGAGAAGCCAUUCCGAUGUGAUAUUUGUUUGAAAACAUUUUCCGAAAAAAGAUAUUUAAAGGAUCAUUCAUUCAGUCACAGAGAAGUGAGAGAAAAGCCUUUUCAGUGUGAUAUUUGUUUGAAAUCUUUUCUGAGGAAAUGCCAACUCUUAACGCAUUCACGUAGUCACACAGGAGAAAAACCGUAUAAAUGUGAAAUUUGUUUUAAAUCAUUUGGAGAUAAAACUUAUUUAACCAAACAUUUACGUAACCAUCCAAGAGAGAAACCCAUAAUAUAAAUGAAUUUCAAAUUUGUACCAAAUAAAAGAAAAACUAUGAAUUUUAAA